AUGUCUUAUGAAUUACGUGAUCAGGUUUCCAAGUAUAUAGGAUUCAGCCCUGAAGAAAUCCGCCUCCCAAUUACGAAUGAAGAUAAACAGCUUUUUCGGAAAUUAAUAGCAGAUCAGGAGGAGAUGAUUGAUAUUGUAAUGGAUGAGUAUCGAUUUUUACUUCAUCAUGGACAUAACUACAAGGGUGGGAAAUUAAUACAUAUAAUGUGGGUAUAUAUAUGUACUGAAAAGGGUGCGGAAAAAGUAUUGAUAGAGGCACCUCCAUCGAAAAUAUUAUCUAGAAAG